AUGGCGUCAAUAACUUACAGUAACGUGAAAAAGUACCGCUAUUUCGGGCAGGACGAGGAGGCCCCUGAGGAGAGUCCCGGUGAGAGUUUGAGGCAGAGGCUCUUGAAGGAGUUGGUGCAGAAGCAGCUGUCUACACACACAUCCUUGGACCAGCAGCGGCACAACCAGAGGAAGUUUGUGAAGGCGGCAUGUGAGGAGUCCGUCACGGGCAGCACCAGUGGCUUGGCGUCCUUUGAAUCCUUCCGGAGUGUGGAGUCGCUCCUGCACGUGAGGCAAACACUCAAGUCCUGUGGCCUGACCGAUGCCGAGAUCCGACUCCUUCUGGAUGGGGAGAGCGAGAGUUCCCCGCUGGAGGCCCCCUUCGCCAGGAGGCAGCGGCUGGAGGCCAUUGAAGAGAAACUGGCAAGGCACAAAAAACAACUUGGGGGAUCUCUCGACACACCAGAACAGACCAGUGUUACCGAGGCUAUAGACUACUGCUUGGGUGGGGCCAGUGGAGGACCAGUGCUGGGCAAGGUUGAACACCCACCUCGCCACCAGGACUUCCUCCCCGCGGCUCACCCCAUGAACCACCUGAAGGAGCUGGCUGAGGAGCUUUUCCCCACUCAGGAGCCAACCCCGAGUCACUCUCAGGAACCCGCCAGGAAGAGACAACAGGACAAGAUGGCAGAACUCACCACACCCAAGCGGAACAGAACAGAAGCCUCACAGUGUAUUUACUUAACCGAAAAGCCGGAGUCCUACUGGGAUAUGCGGCAGAUCCCAAAGGUCCUUGAGCCUAGCACCAGGAGGAUGAGUGGUCCCCUUCCCCAGCCACCACAGAAGACCACCGCCACCACCACCAGGAACAAUGAUGCACCUCUACAUGUGACCAAGAAAAACGAGGUCAAGCCAGCCGACCAGACCAAACCCUUCAUCAUGACCCUUGACCCAGGUGACCUCACUCCCUUGGCGGUGAUAGAGGCAAACAGGAGGAGCAUCCACGAGUUAAAGGAGAUGGAAAAAUUCAAACACUACGAGGAAGGGACACCAUCACGGACACUCUACAUCAAAAACCUGUCCGCUAGAGUCUCCCCGAAGGACCUGGGUGCUCUGAUGGGCCACUUUGAGUCCAGCGAUGGCCCCAAGAUCCUGUACAGAAUCCUUGGUGGCCGCAUGAAGGGGCAGGCGUUCGUCACCUUCCCUGAUGAGGAGGCAGCGUCCAAGGCCCUCAGAGUGUGUAACGGCUACAUCCUUCAUGACAGGCCGAUGGUGGCUGUGUAUGGUAAAAAGACAUAGCGUACUUGUGCCGGUCUGUAAAGAGUUAUGAAUACUAAAACUGAGCUGAAGAAAAGAAAUACAAGCUAGAAUUAAGUUUGAUAGUGACUUUUUUUUACAAUGAAGGAGACAGCUCAAGGGCAACAAAAAGAAUGUAGAGAAAGAUAAAGCCCACUGCUCACUGCUCCCACAAUAGACAAAAGUAAAGAGUGGCCAAAAGAGAGGUCAAUUUUGGGUGGAGAGGUGCCCAGUUUCAGUCUCAGUAUUUGGGUAUUUUCAUCUUUUUUUUUUUUUUUUUUUUCAUGGUCUGAGUACUAAUUAAAAUGUUGAGUACAAAUUGGUGAGCCUGACCUAGUUCACAUCAUUCCUCAGCCUGGCAAUCAUUAACCUGGCAGCAGCAGGGAUCAUGUUUCUUAAUGGUCCCUCUAAGCGAGAAAAAUGAGAAAAAAUCAUCACUCGCACAAACCAUUUCAUAACAUAUAUCAAUGCAUUUGUGAUCACUUUAUGCAUCAUCUAUUUUGGGGGGGUUUAUAUCAUGGCACAAAUUUAGCCCGUCGCUGCUACACGGUAAAGCCACAAAUUUGGCCCGUCGCUGCUACACGGUAAAGCCACAAAUUUAGCCCGUCGCUGCUACACGGUAAAGCCACAAAUUUGGCCCGUCGCUGCUACACGGUAAAGCCACAAAUUUAGCCCGUCGCUGCUACACGGUAAAGCCACAAAUUUGGCCCGUCGCUGCUACUGGGUUAAGGAAGCAGUUUUCCUAUGUAUUGCCUACUGUGCUGCAUCUCCACCCAGCUUGGUGUUAAGGGCAGUGGCUGGUGAGGUGUGGGCAUGCUUUAGGGUUCCUCAUGCUAUCAUAUACGCAACAAAGGACCAGUUUUACAGUCCAGUACAGCACGUUUGUAAGCUCCCAAAUGAAACACAAAAUACAAUGAAAAUUCCUUGUUGCUUUGGUGUUUGGCGUUAAUAUAAAAAAGAGGAGGGAAUUUUAGGACACUACACAGGAAAUCUCUUUAUUAGUCUGGUACUGAGUAGAAAUAACGGAUCAUUGACCUGUCUUCCGGCCACUCCUCGGACUCUCUAUAGCAGUGAGUACCGGGCUUUUUUUCACAUUUGUUACCUUUUUUUAUGCCCUUGAACCGACUCCUCUACCGUAAAAAAAAUAAAUAAAUAAAAAAAAAAAAAAUUAGGGUGUGGUUUUGGUGCCUACUCUGCUGGUGCCAAAAGUUAAGGGACUAUUACACUGAGCAAAUUUUCUGUGGAUCUUCAGUCAAACCACGAUUUCCGCUGGCGUGGUUCUCAUUUGUUUCUUGUUGUUGCUGAUGAUGAUGAUGGUGAGUAAUACCGUCGUCCUUCGGUGAAAUCUACCGUAGCUUUGGGAGAUCGUGGACACGUCAGAAAACCACGGAAAUAUGAGAACCACGCCAGCGGAAAUCGUGGUUUGACAAGAUCCACGGAAAAUUUGCCCAGUGUAACAGCCCCUUUACAUGUAGGGCCCCACACUGUCAAGGGAAGGGACGGAUGAAGCUGUUUAUUACAUUACAACAAAUGAGGGGUAGGAUUUUUAUAUUAUUCUCCUGUUUCACGUGUUCAAAUAUAUAUUUAUUGUAAAUA